AUGCAAAACCAGAGCUUUGUCACUGAGUUCUUACUCCUGGGACUUUCACAGAAUCCAAAGGUUCAGAAAAUAGUAUUUGUUGUAUUUUUCUUUGUCUACAUUGGAACAUUUGGGAGCAACAUGACAAUUGUGGUUACAAUCAUAAAUAGCCGUGCACUUCUGGGUUCCCCUAUGUACUUCUUCUUGGCAUUCCUGUCCUUCCUGGAUGCAUGCAUUUCCUCUGUCAUCACACCAAAGAUAACUGUGGACUUGCUUUAUGAGAGGAGAACCAUUUCUUUUGAUGGUUGCAUGGCACAAGUCUUUGCUGUGCACUUCUUUACUGGAGUAGAGGUGAUUAUCUUGAUAACCAUGGCCUAUGACCGUUAUGUGGCCAUCUGCAAGCCCUUGCUCUACUCUUCCAUUAUGAACAGGAGACUCUGUGGAAUUCUGGUGGGGAUAGCCUGGGCAGGGGGCUUCUUGCAUUCUACCAUACAAAUUAUCUUCAUUUUAUAUCUGCCCUUUUGUGGCCCAAAUGUCAUUGAUCACUUCUUGUGUGACUUGUUCCCAUUACUAAAGCUUGCCUGCACUGACACACACAUAUUUGUCAUUUUGGUGUUUGCCAACAGUGGCUCUAUCUGCAUCAUUAUCUUUUCCUUGUUGCUUGUUUCCUAUGGUGUCAUCUUGUUCUCUUUGAGAGCCCACAGUUCUGAAGGAAGACAUAAAGCGCUCUCUACCUGCGGAUCCCACAUUACUGUGGUGGUUUUGUUCUUUGUGCCAUGCAUAUUAAUAUAUGCAAGGCCUGCAUCUGCCUUCUUCUCUGAAAAAAAUGUGUUUUUAUUUGCUACCAUCCUGACACCAUUGCUAAAUCCUAUGAUUUACACUUUCAGGAAUAAGGAAAUGAAGAAUGCCAUAAGGAAAAUGUGGAAGAGAUUGAUCAUUGUCAAUGAAAAAUAA